GGGCCGGGGCCGGGGCCGGGGCCGGGGCCGGCCCGCCAGCCAUGUCCGUGAAUAUGGAAGAGCUGCGGCACCAGGUGAUGAUCAACCAGUUCGUGCUCGCGGCGGGUUGCGCCGCCGACCAGGCCAAGCAGCUGCUGCAGGCGGCACACUGGCAGUUCGAGACAGCCCUCAGCGCCUUCUUCCAGGAGACCAACAUUCCCAGCAGCCACCACCCCCCCCAGAUGAUGUGCACCCCCAGCAACACGCCGGCCACGCCGCCCAACUUCCCGGACGCGCUGGCCAUGUUCUCCAAGCUGCGCACCUCGGAGAGCCUGCAGAGCAGCAACAGCCCCAUCACCUCCAUGGCCUGCUCUCCCCCAGGCAGCUUCAGCCCCUUCUGGGCCUCCUCGCCCCCCAGCCACCAGCCUGCCUGGCUGCCCCCGUCCUCACCCACCACCCAUGGCCUCCACCACCACCUGCACCACCCGCAGCCCUCCUGGCCUCCCACCCCUCCGCCCCCUGCCCCCCCACAGAAAGCCGUGGCCACCAUGGAUGGUCAGAGAUAAGGCUGGGGCUGGUGGAGGGUUGGGGGGGGUCAGGAGGGGCCGGGCCGGGGCGUUGGGAGCAGGGGCUCGCCAAGAAACGCACUGGAAUAAUUUUCUAGGUUUUAUUAUUAUUUUUAGGGGUGGGGAGCACAUGCUGCCAGGGAGGGCAUUGACCCAUGAGAGCCUCUGGCUGUUCUCUACUCCCCUCCCCUUUUUUUAAAAAAUAUAUAACUAUAAUAUAUAAAUAUAUCUAAUGUAUAUAAAUCCAGAGAGAAGGAGCAGCAGUGUGGAGGCAGCUGCUGGGUGUCUAGGGAGUUUUCCCUAUGGCUCUAUCCCCACCCAGUAUCUCUACAUCGGGGCAGGAGAGGGAAAGGGAGGACAGGAAUAGCAAAAAUAAAUGGAUGGAGGUGGCUGUUGGCACCCCAGAUCAUGGCCACACAGAUAUGGAGCCACUGGACACCCUCCCCAGCUCUGGCUUUCCUGGGCACUUGUUGCAGUGCCCAGAGCAAAUGCAGCUCUCUGGCUCCUGAAAUUCAGCCCGGCUUCUUGCACAGACCCCCCCACUGGACUUGCCCCCAACCCUAUCCUCCCUCCCUCAACACCCCCAGGGCCUGGGGGUUUAUCAAAGUGAUGUCCCCCUGUCCUUGUUACUGCCCUAUGUGGCACUUCCCCAGGCAGGGGGGCAGCUGGGGGUUUUUUAGUUUUCAAAUCAAUGUUGCUUAAAAAAAAACAAACAGAAAAACAAACUAAAAAAAAAAAACCACAGCAAAAAAACCCAAACAGGUUGAAGGUUUUUUAUUAAUUUAAAAAAUAAUAAAAAUUUUAAAAAAUCACUUUUUUAACACCAGCUAUCCCUGCCUUUUCUCUCUUCUGGGUGGGUGUCCCUGGCAGGGAAGUGAAAAUGAGGGUGACUUCCAUGUGAGGCAGCGUCACCAGUGGGGACUUGAGUCCAUUCUCUGCCUCCACAAGUCACCACUGCUGUCCCCAAAGAGGGGAGAUCAGAGGGAAGGGAAGAGCCAGGGCCGUGGGGGUGCUGUGCCAGCACAGUGAGGAGCCCCCAUGUUCCAGGGGGUGCAGCCAACACCCUCACAAAAUCACAGCUUGCAAAAGUUUCCCCCAGCAACCUGGGCCUCCCAGCCCCCUCUCCCACCCUGUGAUGAGCUUCCCCCAGGCCUCAGCACUGUGGGGACACUGGGGGAGGGGGUGAUGUCCCCCUCUGCAGAAGGGUCACCAGCCAGAGGACAUGGGAGCUCGCCAGGCCUCUUGUCACUGUGUUUAUACAACAAGCUGGGGUAAAACCCCAAAAAUGGAAGUACAGCAGCUCCAGAAAUGCCAGGAAAGACACGGAGGCUCAAGGCAGUCCAAAGCUUCCUGCAGGGAUGGGAAGGUACCCAGGAUGGCACAAACUCCAGGGAGAAAAGGCAAAAAAAACCUAUCUGGGAUUAAUUUACCUGCUCCAAAGAUCACCCAAGGCUGGGAGUGUGUUAAGGGGGUACGGGAGGGUGGAGUAUUUAUAGGGUG